UACGGACAAAAUUGAAAUGAUUGAAGACAUAUCAGGUGACGGUGAACUAUGGCACUCACCUGAACUUAGGUCACUUCAAACAGAUAUUAAUAGAGAGUCAGUAGUCAACAAAAAAUGUUGUCAUUUUCAAUAUAAUGAAAAUAAUUGGGUUCACUAUAAGGAUAAUAAAUCUUAUUAUCUGAUCAACAAAACUGUUACCAAACACGAAGCCGAAGAAAUAUGUCAUACAUUAACUGGUAAAGGAAGGGAUGUCUCCAUCCAAUUGGCUAUACCUGAAUCAGCCGGUGAACAAAAUUUCAUCAAUAGCUACCUUUUCUUUACGAAAAACCUGUACAAAAACGUAUGGAUUGGCAGAUCUACUGACACAUACAAAGAUCGCAGAGGAAAACUAGCCAAACGUCGGGUGCUAUACGCCAACUGGAUUCGAGGUCGACCCACCCGAUACCUCAAGCCAUGUAUACAUAUCAGAUCGCCAUCAGAGCAUCAGGUGUUAGGCGAUUAUGAGAAAAGCAACGGCAAAAAGUUUGUCGGCAAAUGGGAGGACGUGUCGUGUUUUACCCAAAAUCUGGUACUCUGUGAGCGCCGACAGCCAUGGACUCCAUCGCAAGCUUACGAUAUGAUUAAAUACAUGAAAACUGAGAUAAAUCAACUCAAACAACAAAAAGUAACAAAAUUAAAUUACGUACCGUUUGGCUACAUAUAUAUCCAACUGCCCGACCAAAUGAAGCCGUCGGACAUUUGGCCUCAAUUUAAUUGGCUGGAUAUCAGUCAAGCUUAUGAAGGUCUGUUUUUGCGUAUAAUGGGUGGACAAUCGGGUAGGUUUGGAGAGAUACAGGAGCCGCAGGCACCACAUUUGGUUGGUGUCAAAAGCUAUGGUAUGCACGGACUUCCAAACGUGGAGGACAUCCAUGAAGAAGCAAUCCAUGCAAACAACCAGUGGUCGGACGGACACUAUAAUGGAUUUCCCGUUGCUUUUAAAGUAAGCUCUGGUGAAGUGCGGCCUAAAAAUAUUGCCGUAAAAAUAUGGCGAAGAGUUUGA